AUGAAGCCAAGUAGUCCCUCUGAGGCACAUCCUGAGACGAUGGAUUUUCUUUCGACCACUUGGUGCAACUUUGCCGUUCAAGCUCUCCAACCAGACUUGCAAAACCAGUCAAUCGUUCUCCUGGAUAAUCCAAUCAAGAAACUCGAUUGCGACAUCAGGAAACCUUCUUUCUCGAAGAUGGACAAAAGCGUCAAAAUGGAUGAUGCCAGCUUCAAGUCUCUGCCUCCAUGGAAAUCCAAUGAUGUGAAGUCUUGGAUAUGGAUGCAACAAGCAAUGCAUCCUGAACUGAACUAUAACAGUUGUUUCCGCAAGAAAUGGUUGCCAUGGAAAAAUAUAGUGCCCUUUAAGACCAUAUCAAUCAAGAAAUGGUUGAAAGAGAUAAAGCUGAAGCGAAAAGAAGAAGAGAGGCUACAAAAAGCUGAUGUACAUGCAGCUAUAUCAGUAGCAGGUGUAGCUGCUGCUUUAGCUGCAAUUGCUGCUGACAACUCUAAGAAAGAUGAAUCCAGCUCUGCCAAGGAGGCUGCCAUAGCCUCUGCUGCUGCUUUGGUGGCAGCUCAAUGUGCGCAAGUUGCGGAAGCAAUGGGGGCAAAGAGGGAGCAGCUUAGCAGUGUCAUAGGUUCAGCCAUGAGUGGCACGAAUGCAAGUGACAUUGUAACACUCACAGCUGCUGCAACAACUUCAUUGAAAGGAGCUGCUACACUUAAAGCAAGAACUGGAUGCAAGAACAGAUUAAAUGGCAGUGCACCAGUUCUCCCUUUAGAGGACAACAAUGACAUUGAUUUUGACUUUGAGAAGUGUAGGUCAGUACUUGCCAAUGGAACAGAGCUCCAUGUUGAAACACCAGAUGGAAAUUUUAGGGUGAGAUCCGUGUCUAUCAUCCUUAACAGCAAAGCCAAGGUUAUUCUUAAAGUGAGGAAGCUGAAUAUCCUGAAAAGCAAGAAGGAAAGUAUUGUAGUGGACCUGUACGCUGAGUUGUACAAAGAUUCAGAAGCUGAUCGAGAGACUGAUCAUACAUGUUAUCUUAUUGUGUUAACAACCAAUCUGGGGAUAAUCAAGCUAGACAUGGGGGAUGAUUAUCAUCGUUACAAGACAUGGGCAACAACCAUUAAUCAUCUGCUCAUGCUCUCUACUUCUUAUGCAAAAUAUGAGCUUCAGUUCUAUGAACAUUGA